UCCCGAGCACCCUCCAGGCAAACCAAACCAACCCACCUUAUAAAACGGUCACCACUGCCUACCUGCGGCGGUCACUCGCCUACCUCUCGAUCCCAGGUCUCGCCCCAAGAACAGAACCAGAGAGGACGCCCGGAAACACACACGCGGCGGCAAAGGCACCGAUCUACCGGCGCACAUGGGUAACUGCCAGGCGGCGGAGGCGGCGACUGUGGUGAUCCAGCACCCCGGCGGCGGCCGCACGGAGCUCGCGUACUGGGCGCUCCCCGCCGGCGAGGUCAUGUCGGCCAAUCCGGGCCACUACGUCGCCGCCGUCAUCACCGCUCCAGCCACCACCGGCGCGUCCGUGGCAGGCGGUGCCGCCCCGGCCGUGAAGCACCUCAAGCUGCUCCGGCCCGACGACACGCUCCUGCUCGGCCGCGUCUACCGCCUCGUCAGCUUCGAAGAGGUGCUGCGCGAGUUCGCGACGAAGCGGCACGUGAAGCUGAGCCGCGUCAUGGUGAAGGCCAAGGAGGAGGAGCCAGCGGCGGCGGCGGCGAAGAAGCCAACCAAGCCUCGGCGCCGGCGUAGCAGCAGCGGCGGAGGCGCCGCCGGCGUCGUGCCCGAGGAAUCCGACCGGUCGCUUGCAAAGGUCAUGCGGCGGACGGACGAGGAGGAGGAGGAGGAGGCCGCGGCUGCACCGAAGCCCGUCGAAGCGGACGACGGCUGCGACCUGGACUCGCUGCUGCCGCCCGGCGUGGCGCUCGGCAGGCGGAUGGGCCGGCAGUGGAGGCCCGCGCUGCAGAGCAUCGAGGAAGGGCGGGACUGACGGCCUGGGACGGCAGCGGCGGCGGCGCCCACGUUGGCUAGCGGCCAGGCGGGCGGAGCACUCCGUGGUUGUAUAUGUUUAGUAGUCCCAGUAAAUUAGCGAUAGUAAACGCUGGCAGCUUGGGCGUGUGUUAGCGGCAGGGUGUGUAAAAUAAUCAAGUUAGUGCUUUGUAUGGAAUGAUUCUCCGAACGCCUACGGUGCAGCACUGCCGGUAGUUUGUACCGUGGAAACAUGGAUCGAUGGGUGUAACGUGACAGAUUACCGUAUCGCACUCUGUCUCUAUUC